AGUGUUGGAAAUAUCGAUUCCAAUGACAUGGGUUUAUACAUUCUAGAACUCCUGGUGGAUUCAUGUUAUUAGAUCUGCGAAGGGUUUAGCUACUUGCAUAGCAAAGGAAUUUGUCACGGAGACCUAAGUCCCGGAAACAUUCUUUUGCGACUUGAUUAAGUAGCAAUGGGAGGCAACAUAUCUGACAGAGAUGUAGAGCGAUCGUUGGGCACCCCGAAAGGAUAUCUACUCAAGACGACAUGCGGAGAGAGUCCACAGCUUCAUGGCCCUCAACCUGAAGCGCUCGUGGUAGAAGGGUCUAUAGAAAGGGUGAAACGGCGCUACAAACUAGGGAAACCAGCAAUCGUAGAUUUCAGUUUGGCGGGGGGUUGGCAGACAAUCCGCCAAAGUCUCCAGAUUUCCAACUGAGAUAUACAGCCCCUGAGCUCAUUUCCCGAUGCGGUCCUUGAGGCUAUGCAACGGAUAUAUGGGCGCUUGCAGCGACUUUGUACGAAAUUUGUACUCAAGGGCCACUGAUCG